AUGGAAGUUGCCAACUCAAUAAUAAAAGCCAUAGAAUCAAAGGAUGAAAAUGAGUUUGAACUUAUGAGAAGUAGAAUGAAGGCAAAGAAAGUGUUGAGCAGGGCUGAAUUUCGGAAGCUUAUUGAGCUUCUGAAGAAGCAAUCCGUUGAGAUUUUAAGCAUCCAAGACUUAACUGUUGGAGAAUGUCGAUUACUGGGAAAAGCACUGAUGGCCACGAAGCUGCAAGACAUCGAUGAGGUCAUCAGCUGUGUCAUUUCCAAGCAAGCUGGUCGUGCCGCAUUGCUGCUGAACUGUCUUUUAAAUAAGAAGUGCAAGAUUAACCUGGUUCCUUUGCAAGAGUACUUGAAGGAUAUGAUUGCAAAUGAGAUACAGCUAUGCCACUUGAAACUGCUUCUGACGAUUUCAAGAAACUACCCAAGCUUAAUAGACAAUUCAGUGAUUGAGUUUUGCUCAAGGAAAAGCCAUCCUGUUUGCAAGAUGAUUUUAGAAAAACAUCAAAUUGAGUAUGAAUAA